AUCGCUCACGAGCUGUGGGGCCGCGCGGCAAACGCUGCGGCCGGCUGGGCCUCCUCGCGCGCCUACGCCGCCUCUGCCGCGACCAACUCGAUGGUUGGGUACGUGGUCGGCCUCGGCGACCGGCACCUCGACAACGUCUUGCUCGACCUCUCCUCGGGCGAGCUGCUGCACAUCGACUACAACGUGUGCUUCGAGAAGGGCUUGCGGCUCAAGGUCGCCGAGACGGUGCCGUUCCGGAUGACUCCCGCCAUGGUCAGCGCGCUCGGUCCGUGGGGGGUCGACGGC